AUGAGUGAGAUCAUUCUUAGUCUCGGAACGCAGCGAACGGGUGAUGGACUGAACAGCUGCGACGCAUCAGAAUACGGGAGCGACGCCAUGGACGCGGACACGGAGGUGGGGGAAGAUGUGCUUCAGCAAGCCGUGGCGCCUGAUCUGGAGCCUCAGGGCGACCCGGAAGUUGAGAACGACGUUGUGCCCGAGAGACGCGGGAAGCGGCGACGCGCGGAGGAUGCGCAAUAUACCUUGCGCAGAUCAACCCGCGCCAAGGCACCCGCUUCAAUGAAAGAAGGCGCCAUCAAACUCUUGGCAUUUACGGCAAAACAAUGGACGACGGAACUCAAGGGAAAACGGUUCACACCCCCAGAAGGUACGCGCAGCAAAAUCGCGAAAGUGUGCCGUCAAAGGGCGUCGUCAGAAUGGGUCGUGCACGCCGGGCGAGUCCAAUGUCCGCUGUACACGGUCCUGGAGCUCGCCGAAGACGAGAGCUGGUACAAGGAGGCGUACGGCACCUUUAACAAAAGAAAGUUUGGCCUGGGGGCGGUGCCGGAGAAUGGCGACCGCGUCACCAAGUUCUACAACAAGGGCAAAGCGUACGAUGGCAGCGUCACCAAGAUAUAUCGCGCGGACGUGAAGUAUCGGCGGGGGGGGCAGAUGCGGCGGAUGAAGCUGUGGGAGAUCAAUUUUGACGACGGAGAUUGGGCUGAGCUUUCUGAGAUCGAGGCCGUCGCGGCGAGACAAGCAUACUUGCGGCGGACCCGAAUGCCGACUCUCUUCGGGAAUUAG